AUGACUCCCACAAUCAAGAAAAAACGGUCAGUAAAGGAAAGGAAAAAACGGUCAGUAAAGGAAUACCAAACAUCCACCCGUUCCAGUCGCCCUUCAGGGCGAGACACAUCAGAACGCAGAUCACACAGUGUCCUGCAAACCGAAUACAAAGAAGAGCCCAAGAGUAACCAACGGCCGCAACAGCCAACUAGAGAAGCCACAACAUACUGCAAAUAUCACCGCAGCAAUGGCCACAACACGGAGGAAUGCAGGCGCCUCAAGGAUGAGAUUGAUGAACUCAUCAAGGGCAGUACUCAAAGGCGUGGAGGUGAUAGUGCCCGUCCUGCCGGAAAUAGAAGGCGACACCGUGAUCGUAGCAAGUCGCCAGAAAGGAGGAGGACCAAUCAGCCCAACGCUCGAUCCCACCGCGAACGAGAUAGCAGAGAAAACUCGCCACAAAGAACCAGAGCCCAAGCAAGCCCCAGCCGUGGAGGAAGGCGCAGGGAAGAAGAAGAAGACUCAGCUGUCAUCAAACAUUGA